UGUUAUGGUGAGAGUGGUUCUGCUAAUCUUGAAGCUAUAGAAUUAAACCUUCCCAUUAUUAUUUGCAAAACUGAUAAAUAUUCUCUAAGAGAUAUUUAUAAUAUAGACGAGACUAGAUUGUUUUAUUCUAUAGCUCCUGAUCAUACUAUCACAUCAUGUCAAAUUGAAGGGGCAAAAAAAAAUUGUAUCUGA